GUCCAUAAAGCUGGGGUAUAUAUAAACCCACUAAACCCAUGAACACUCAUAGUUAGGGUUUCAUUUUCCCGUGAAGCUAAGAGAGGGCCGCCGUUGCAGAACUCACAGAACACAGCAAUGGCGAGAAUCAAGGUACACGAGUUGAGGCAGAAAACAAAGGCUGAGCUUUUGAACCAGCUCAAGGAUCUCAAGGCAGAGCUUGCUCUUCUUCGCGUUGCCAAGGUCACUGGUGGAGCACCCAACAAGCUCUCCAAGAUCAAGGUUGUCAGGCUAUCGAUUGCCCAAGUGUUGACUGUGAUAUCACAGAAGCAAAAGUCUGCCCUGAGAGAAGUGUACAAGAACAAGAAGUUCUUGCCUCUUGAUCUGCGUCCCAAGAAGACCAGAGCUAUCCGCCGAAGGCUCACCAAGCACCAGGCAUCUUUGAAGACCGAGAGGGAGAAGAAGAAGGAAAUGUAUUAUCCCUUGAGGAAGUAUGCCAUUAAGGCAUAGAGUGUUGGAUCAAUUACGUUAGAUCAUCUUGGUACCUUGCUGUAAUAGAAUCCUUUUGUUCACAAGUUUUGGAUUUACUUUUGAUUAAGAAAUUAGACCUGAGAUUUUGAUGUUUAAUUACUUGUCUAGGUUUGGGGAGGCAUGUCUUCUUGCCCAAAUCAACUUAAUUUUCUUUGGGUACAAUGAUAGUUAAGAUUCUGUUCGUGUUUGAUAAAUGACUUGAGCUCAUUAUUCCCUGCU